GGAGGCAGGCCAAAGAAUCAGUGUUGCAGAAACACACAGAAGUGAAUGGAUCAUGAUCCAUUAUCAUAUUCAGCAUUCAGAGAAGAAAAAGAUCCACCCCAAAGCCUUUGCAAGCAAAGGAUAGCAGAUGGAGGCAUGUGGAAAAAAAGUAAACUAGUCACCACGUACCUUAUUUUUACAUUACAUUUGAUGUAUUUUAUCCUCCCAGUUUUUCAAGAUGCCACUGGCUUUGUGCAUGACUGAAUUGUUAAUAUUUGUCUAGGGAAAGCUAUAAAUUUUGACAGAUGGGUAGCGGGCAGUUAGGGCUUCUGGUAUCCAGGAAGGUGUAGGAGGUGGCUUUGUUUUUUGGCAGUUGGGACAUUGAAACUGAUGGUAUUCGGGAAGGAAUUAUCUUCCACAUCCUGGCUGAAGGACUGUUCCUUCCGUUUGCAACCAGCAGUAAACAGGCAUCUCAGCAAUCCCCUGUAGCAUGCAGGUAUCCCAACAUAUUUUUCUCCCUGAGCAGGAUUUGGUGGUUGGCUUGUGGCUUUUUUUCCCCCAAACCCUCUUCUUACCCAGGAAAAUCUUUCUUUUACAUAUUUGUGCAUACAUAUAAUUUGCUUCAGUAGUUCAUGUUACACCCCCUGAAUUUCUCAAGAGUACUACAUGAAAAUGACAUUGCCUAUCCCCUUUUGAGGCCACCCCCAUGUAACGAUGCAUCAUACACGCCAAGAGGCUACAAGUGGUGGUUUAGAACUGGGCGCUUGACAUACACAUUUAGGAUCUUGCCUACAGGGAUGGCUUCAUGCCCUAUGCCUCCACCAGUGCCAGCUGGGCCUGGCAGGAGCUCCAAUGGCUGGACAAGCGUCGAGGGCCGUGUUGGCUGUCCCAGCCUCUGACACUGUGCCCACCGCGAGCGGACACGGCCUCCGGCGGCCGUUCCCUCGGUGUGCCAGCUCCCCGUCCCUGCAGCUGGACACCCGACGGCACAAGCUCUUCCCUGCCGGUACAUACGGCCAGGGACGGUCUGCUCCUCCGCCCGGCGCCCCUGACGGCAAGGCGGGUCGUGCCCCACCAGCCGCCCCCCGCAACCCCGCGGAGGCAGCAGAGCCGCCGGGCACCGCCGCCCUCACCCCGGGCAGUCCCCGCCCGGCGCCAUGUCGGCCGCCGCUACCGCACCGUCUACCCACGGCGGGGCCUCGCCCCCCCGGGGCCAGCCCCCCGCACCCGGGCAGAGCCCGCCCGGUGCUGCCGCGCCAGCGCCUCCUUAAGAGCGCACGGAGCCCCCGCACGCAGCGGCCGGGCGGCUCCUCCCCGCCCCGUGUCGCAUCCAGCCUGGGAACGUGUGGCGGGGAGCGCAGCGGCAACGGGGACACGCAGGGCAGCCCCGGCCCGGGGCGGCGGCAGACCCGCACAGCGGGGGGGUUGGGGGCGGCCCCCCCGGGCAGAGGCGCGCGGGCGGCGGCGGGGCUGCUGGGGCGGGGGCUCCGGAGCGCGGCCCUCCCUUCCUCCCCGGUCCCGCUAGCGCCUUCAUUCCACAGCGCCCAUUGGCGAGAGUCGGGGGCGGGGCUAGCCCGCAGCCCACAGCUUGGUUGGCUGCUGCAUCCACCCAUCAAAGGGCGACGGCGACCGAGGAGAACUCGCCCUUCCGAUUGGCCGCGGCCUGAGAGAAGGCUGGCUGCAUGCAGACUCCCUUCUGGACCAUUCCUUGCCAUGUGCUAACUCCUAAACCAUGAACAGAACUGUUUGGAAGACUGCUAGUCGGCUGCUAAUAAAACUUCAAACAUCAAAUUUCAGUGCUUGGGAACACUCCCAGCCACUGUUUCAUUUACUGUUGUGGUUGUGUAACCAAAUAAUCUCUGUCACAGAAUAGUUUGGAGUUAAUGAAGAUCUGCUCCUGG